ACUCGGCGAAGAGAAGUAAAGCGGGCAACCUAAAAAUAACUAUCAAGAGAAGAUGGAAGAAAGUCUCAUUGCUAGAGAUAUCUCCCCGAAAGGGACUCAUUUUCACUCAUCUUAAUUAAAGAACCUGCUUCAAGGCGAGACUCUUGGGCGGAGAGCCAUCGUAAACAGCAAAGUCUGGGAUUUCGCUGGGAACGCCAAGACUUUUCCACCAGCAUUUGAUUCCUAAACCCUGGAUGUUCUCCCAGCAUUUUACAACGCAAAAAUGAUUUUGUUCCGCAUCUACUGGUUGGCGCUUUCCUUUCAUAUAACAGGAGCAAUUUUGGACAUCUACCUAAUCACUAACCUCAAUUCUAAGAAUGAGUUUCCCCUCUCUUGUGUGUCUGGUGAGCGUCACUCAGAUGGAUUGGAACUUAAAAUGGAAAAGGACAGCUCAAUAAUUAAAGUGACAAAAAAUAAUUUUGACUAUGUAAGAGACCCGGUAAAGCACAAUCGUAUACAGGGGAGAGGCUCCUGUAAGGAUUGGGAACAGAUGGGCAUCUACUACUGUGAAGGGAGACGACAGAUGGAGAAAACACAUGUUGUGACAAUUAUUAACAGCAAUACAGCUGAUUUCUACCCUAACAGACUCACAACUACAGUAAACAAGGGUGAAACUGCUUUCCUUCAAGUGCAGAAGCAGAAUGCAUUGAACGAGGAUGUCAUGUUGAAGUGUAAUGGUAGCUACAUAAGUACAAUCCACACCAAUGAAAUAAAAAAUGAGACCGUGCCCUUGGAGAUUGAAAAUGCUAGUCCAUCUCACACCUGUGUUUACAGCACAACAGUACUCAGUGGGAAUCUUCUAAAAGGUGCUUUCUUCAGACUGAUAGUCCGAGCUUGUCCUGAUAAGAAAUGGGGUACAUCAUGUGACAAAGCCUGCCCUGAUUGCCUGAAUGGGGGGAUCUGUCAUGAAGGUACUGGUGAAUGUAUCUGUGGACCGGGUUACACAGGAGAAAAUUGUGAACUUGUCUGUGAAGAAGGAAAAUUUGGUCGCAAUUGCCAAGAAGAGUGUACAUCUCAGAGCUCCUGCAGUGGUUACAGGUUCUGUCUGCCCGAUCCCUAUGGCUGUUCUUGUGCUGCAGGUUGGCAUGGGAGGAAAUGCAAUGAAGUUUGUAGCCCUAACACCUAUGGACCUGAAUGUAGGCUGAAAUGUCAGUGUCAAAAUGGAGCAUCUUGUAAUCGAUUCCAUGGAUGUAAAUGCCCAGCAGGGUGGCGUGGCCUGAACUGUGAGAAAUCAGAUCACAUUCCUAAGAUAGUGGACACUUUUACAGAAGUUGAACUGAACCUUAAGUCAAGUCCAGUAAUGAGAUGUUCUGCCUCAGCCAUACCUUUACCCGUCAAUGGGGAAAUACAGAUCCGUAAAUCUACCAGCGUAAUUCUAAAGGCAAUGAAAUCCAUCAUGCAAGGGAAUUUAACCACUUCAGAAUUCAAAUUGCCACAGGUCAGUCCACAGGAUGAAGGUGUAUGGGAGUGUGGGGUCAAUACAUCCACUGGCACUGAUUCCAGGAGGUUCAAAGUCAUUGUAAAAGUCCCUCCUACUCCAGUAAACAUACCGAGCGUCCUGGAAAAGAAAAGCAGGCAGCUAAAAGUGAAUCCAAACAGCGAGAACUUCACUGGAGAUGGACCAGUGAAAUCUGUUAAACUCCUCUACAAGCCAAAUGAUAGUGGUGCACAGUGGUCUACAAUAGUAGUUGAUAAUAACGAGCCAAUCACACUAAUGAAUUUGAAGCCUUCAACACGUUACCUGGUUCGAGUACAGCUCACCCGCCCGGGGGAGGGAGGAGAGGGUCCCCCAGGUCCUGAUGCCAUCUUGGAAACAGAUUGCCCAGAGCCCACCAUGGUGGCAAAGAUUGAUCGGGUCUUGACCAAGGAGAGAGGUACCAUCUCCGUCAACUGGAAUAUUUCCAAAGAUCAUGGGAAUGGAAGUGGAUUCAUUGUCCGACUCAUUGACCUUGAGAAUUCUGUUAAGAGAGAGACUAGAGUGGAGCCCUUCUCAGUGCGAUCCACAGACAUAAGAAAUCUGGAACCUGGACAUACAUAUGAGGUGGAUGUCACAGCAUUCUACUGUGGUAGCCUUGGGCCACCAUCUGACCCGGUUAGAGUACAAGUGGAUGCAGGUCCUCCAUCUCCCAGACAGCUCCAGGCCAUUCCCUUGUCCCUGACCAGCAUAACCUUGAAGUGGCAGCCACCUCUCAACACAAAGGAAAUAAACAAAUACACCAUCGAGUACCAGCAGAUGGAGCCACCCAGUGAGCCCAGGUGGAUCGAUACAGCAGCUAGAAAUGAAACAAUCCAAGAUCUGAAUCCCAGCACACUGUAUCGAUUCCGCGUUCGUGCCCAGUCUAAAGUUGCAGGUGAAUGGAGUGCUCCUGUCACAUCCUGGACCUUCAGUGACUCAAUUCCUCCAGCACCUUAUGAUGUUAAGGUAUCAAAUAUUACCGACACAUCUGCGGUGAUCUCCUGGGUGGUACCUCCAAAACAUGCCAUCUCCUCUGUGGUUAUAAAGUGUAAAGUCUAUGGGGCCACAACAUCUCCUGAAGUGACAACGAUCAAUUUGGCGGAGACGCCAACCUCAGAGCACGUCUUGCAUGGGUUGCAGCCUGAAACCCCCUACCUAGUGGAGGUUGUAGCCAUGAACAAUAAGGGUGAAAGCCACCCAAACCCAAUGAAAGAGCUUCGCACUGCAGCAACUCCACCAGCUACAUCUAGUGUGUUUCAAACACCAGGAAAUUUGGAACAGCUCCCUGGUAGUGACCAGCAGCUCCUGAUGGCCAUUGUGGCCUCAGUUUCCGUCACCUGUAUGACCAUCCUCUUAGCACUUCUGGGCCUCUUCUGCAUACGGAAAACCCUCUUCCACCGACGUCGAACCUUCACUUACCAGUCUGGAUCAGGUGAAGAGACAGUCCUUCAGUUUAACUCUGGAACUCUGACGCUCACACGCAGACCAAAACCCCAGCCUGAACCCCUCACCUACCCCAUCCUGGAAUGGGAUGACAUUAAAUUUGAGGAUGUUAUUGGAGAAGGAAAUUUUGGACAAGUGAUCAAAGCCUUAAUUAAAAAGGAUGGACUGAAGAUGAAUGCUGCAAUCAAAAUGUUAAAAGAAUUUGCUUCUGAGAACGAUCACAGGGACUUUGCGGGAGAGUUGGAGGUUCUGUGUAAACUUGGACAUCAUCCCAAUAUCAUUAAUCUACUAGGAGCCUGUGAAAACAGAGGUUACCUGUACAUUGCUAUUGAAUAUGCCCCUUAUGGAAACCUAUUGGACUUUUUACGAAAGAGCAGAGUUCUGGAAACAGAUCCAGUGUUUGCCAGAGAACAUGGAACUGCAUCAACGCUGACCUCUCAGCAGCUGCUCCAGUUUGCAUCUGAUGUUACGAAAGGAAUGCAGUAUCUGAGCGAGAAGCAGUUCAUUCACAGGGAUCUCGCAGCCAGAAAUGUACUGGUGGGAGAAAACCUUGUGGCUAAAAUCGCAGACUUUGGGCUGUCCCGAGGAGAAGAGGUGUAUGUGAAAAAGACCAUGGGGCGACUCCCAGUACGCUGGAUGGCAAUCGAGUCCUUGAACUACAGUGUCUAUACAACAAAAAGCGAUGUCUGGUCAUUUGGAGUGUUGUUGUGGGAAAUUGUCAGCCUUGGGGGAACGCCAUACUGUGGAAUGACAUGCGCUGAACUCUAUGAGAAAUUACCUCAGGGCUUCCGAAUGGAGAAACCCCUCAACUGUGACGAUGAAGUGUAUGAAUUCAUGAGACAGUGCUGGAGAGAUCGGCCCUAUGAACGACCAACCUUUGCUCAGAUAUCAGUACAGUUGAACCGAAUGCUCGAAGCAAGAAAGGCUUAUGUGAACACAGCUUUGUUUGAAAACUUCACAUACGCUGGAAUCGAUGCCACAGCAGAAGAAGUGUGACGCUGGGCUUGUACAAACAUACACAGUACCCAAGUUUAUGUAGUUCCUGCUCAUGACACUUCAAUACUGUAGCCAAGGGAUCAGGUUCCAGUGACUGCGCUACCUGUCCUAAGAUGCUGACUGCUUGCACUAUGAGCCAACAGCCCAGAAUAACCUAUGAAACAAGUUGAUUCCCACAACAUUGUAAAGUGUGUUUAGGACCUGUGCAUAAUCCUGUGGCCGAGUGGAAUACUGUGUCUAACUCUGGUGAUGGAAUGUGGACCUUCCUAUCGUCUCAAGUAGUAUGACCAUUGCCCAGCUUCACUUGGAAAUCAGCUGUGGAAAUAGUACGUUCACAUCCCAUGACAAUGGGACAAUUCUCAAGACCCAAACUCCUUGUAACUUGGCAAUAAGGUCUGAGUUAAUUGAAACGGUGGCAAUGGAAUCUGUCAGAUGGAAUGUGUACUACUGGAGCAAGGCUUUCAUCACACUUGCUUUGUGUACAGACAUGUGUAUGCACUCAAAAUAUACACUGAGUAUUUCUCACUGCAUAAACCCUGUACGAGCACAUUGCCUAUGCAUGUUGCACACGUGUGCAUUGUGUAUUUGUGUGCGUACAUAAGAAGCAAUUUCAGUCAACAGCUGCCAUAGUGGAUGAUUCUGGAUCAGACUUGGGUACGUGUUUGAAAGCAGAUGGUUUGAUUCAAAAGCAAACUUGACAGCAGACAUUUGACUGCAAACAGCUGAAACUUAAGCAGUGACACAAAGUCAGUGAUUACAGGUCCACAUGGUUCCAUUCACCACUGAAUGUCCCAAGAAUUCCAGGAAGCAUGUUCCAUGGUUCAUUCAAGCCUAAACCAUCAACAUUUUCUGUAUCCUGGUGUCUCCAAGUUAUGCUGGGCUUUGAAUCUGGCAUAAAUACUACUUAGAAGUGACAUAACUCUUUGCAAAGUUCAGACACUGCUU